AUGGCGGCGGCUGCUGCGGCGGAGGAGGAGGCGGCGGUAGUGACGAAUCUACUGGAGGCGGCUUCGGUGGGGGAGGCAAGAGGACGACGGGGGACGGCUGGAGCGAAGAAUUGCGGGGUCGAUGAGUACAUCCGCCGCAUUCUAGGGUUCCACUGCCGCAUUCUAGGAUUCCACUACCUAUGCCUUCUCGUGGUUCCUGCCGCCGCCGUCAUGCGGCACUGCAGCUCCACCCCACCUGACGCCAGAUCCAGUCGCCAUGGCAGAGACGGCUUUAGGGACUACUUCUCGCAGCCGGAUCCCCUGCCCCUCUCCUCCAUCUUCGACAUGUUCCCCCAGCCGGAUGGGCUUGGAGGUGUGAGCGGCGUGCGUGCUCCCCGGAUGGGUUUGGAGGGACUGGAUCUCAACUCCCAGGCGGAGGGCUUCCCUGACUUCCCGGCGUAUCAACCCGACUCGGCCGCAGGUCAGGGCCUUGCUCCCCUUCGCAUCCAUGGUGGCAAAGAUGGCGUGGCUGCAAAGAAUCUCUUACGCGCUCCUCGCGUGGACGGAGGAAGGCGCGGUGUAGUAGGGCGUGCGAGAUCCCUGACCGUUGGGGGAGGAUCCGGUGAAGGUCUUCCAGCAGGCGGUGUAGUUCGUGGGAGAGCCACGUCGAGCGGUGGAGGUCGUGGAGGGCGCAGAGGUCGUGGAGGUCGCCGAGGUCAUGGAGGAUCGAUGGGCGGCAGCCCUGCACAAAAUGCUGAUGCUGCCGACAACUUCAAUCAUGGUCCUCCAGAGUAUCUAGAUCAACUUGAAGAAAUGUUUCAAGGUGUGGCUGUGGAUGGAUCCUCCUCCUGUAUCCCUGGAGAAGCUGAACCAGAGGAAGAGGAAAGUGCUUUUGAACAGGAAGAUGAUGACAUUGGUCAAAGCCCCAUGAGUACCAACAGCCACAAGAGGGCAAUUAGUACGAGUACCACAGCUACAAGUCCUGAAAGGAAGACCAAGAGCCCAAUGGUUAAGAUAAUGCAGUCAAUCAUGGAGAGAUGGACUGCUAGCAAUGAAGCCACUCAGAGGAUCUUGCAUGGAGAAAAAUGGAGAAAUCUAUGA